UUAGGCCCGUUGCGAUAGAUGAAAAUGAUAACUACUUUUCUUCGCUUACUGUCCUAUUAGGUACUGCCAAGCUAAAAUCCGUUGGCAAUAAUUUUGAUACCCCAGCCCAUAUAGGUUUAUGUGAACAGCAUAAUUUCAUCGAAGUUUAACAUUUAUAAUACCUAAGAUUUGCACCGGCGAAGCUGUCAAAAUCGUUGCCCACUUAUUUUGGAACUAACUACUAUUAUUUAUGCACUUUACUAUUUUAUAUCGGAAAAUCAGAACAUAAGGUAGGGUUGUUAGGUAGGUUCGUAAGGUAGGGCUACAUCUACAGUAGGCAAGCAGGACCAAAAUUACACUAGUAUAUUUAUUUCAUUCAUUUAUUCACAAUUGUCGCUACUGUCGCCACUGUCGCCGCCUCAACGACUAUGGCGACAGUAACAGACUCAUCACAGUCACACCACACUCGACAACAGUUAUUAAUAGUAGAAAAGGUGUGUUUAAGAAAUGAAGAGGUGUUUCACAUCGACUCGAGCGAGCUGCCACAACAUGUACCACCUUGACUCGUGGGUACCCAUAUUCUGGCACUUUACUGUGUCCUUGUACCUCACUGCAAGGGGCUCCAACAAACUUAUCCAAUGGGAAUCGUCUUUCGCCGACCAAAAAUGGUUCGUUAGUAUGAGCGUUCAGCGACGACGACGCAUAAGCGUCUUCAUAAUAACAUAACGAGCAAUUUUAUAGACGCUUAUUACGUCUUCAUUCCGUUGGUUCGCUAGAGCCGAAUCCACUCCGCGUCGACAGGUUUGUGAAAAGGAAACCUUAACUCUGGCUUGACAUUCGUCAGCGACUACAAUAUUACGGCGCCGCGUAACAUGUGAUUUGGCUGGUCGUUUCUUUAGACCCCUGUUCUACGAUCAAUAAACGUUGGCUGAUAGACAAGGGAACACAACACGAAUACUGACAAAGUACUUUUAGCAAUAACAUACAUCUCAUGUAAAUGUAAUAAGCUGACACUUUGAUACCUAAAUAAAGCAUUUUUCAUUUUCAUUUUCAAAGAAGAAGGUGAUAAGUAUUUACUGUUGUGUUGAAUUGGAAAACUUCAGCGCUUGCCACUCUAACCACCAGCCUGAGCUACUGUAGCGAUUCUACUUGAAGGCGCAAUGCUGGGCACUGCAACACGUAUACCCUCGUUCAAUUAGCUGAGUCCACACUGUGCGAGCAGCCUCGCGGGGCAAUGGCUUCGCACGGAAAACGCCCGUGCGCGUGCGCACCUUCAACUCACCCGAGCCAAUUCUCUAGGCAAGAUGGCGGCCCUCAGUCAGCUGUUCAAAAUACAUAAAAACAAAAACAGUAUAUUCAUUGUCGUGUCUCGAGAAUGAUUUAUUCUUAUUUUUAAUCCAUAUCCAAAGUACACGAAAACCACGAAUCACGAGCUAUGGGACGGGAAUCAUGUAUGAAUUUUGAACAGCUGACUAAGGGCCGCCAUCUUGUCGAAACAAGUAGCUCGUGUAACGCGAACGUACGCGCAAGAGCACGGACUUGCUCUGUCGGCAUAGUAGACCCAGCUAUUCGUGAUGAAUGUUCAAUAAACAAAACAGACUAAUAAUUGAGCUAUUCCGAAACUCCAGAUGCGGAAUUCGACGAUCGAUGCAAGGUGUACAACAAGCCGUACAUGGAACGUAAAUGGGUAGACAGAGUGGAACUAGUCGGCAGCUGCUAUCGUUUGAUGGUGGAGUGGAAGGGUGGUUGGCCGGAAGUAAGAGAUUGGUGUAACCGGGAAGGUGGCCAACUCCUAGUAAUCGACAACGAGGUGGAGCACGAUAUAAUCUGCGAGUUGAUCGGAAACCAGGAGAAAAUGUUCUGGUUGGGCUUCUGGCACUGGCGGGACUGGCUCUUGGUCAACCAGAAUGAGGAGACCUUGCACGAGGUGGGUUACCAGAAGUGGAGCCCGCUGCAGGAGUACGACGGUUGGUACUGGUGGUACCGGGGGCUCGUACUCAAGCCCGAUGACUGCAUGCCAUCUACCUGGUAUUACUACGGAAUAUGCGAGAAGCAUAUUUCUUUAAGUAAAAUACCAAUGUGAAUGUUAGGGGCCGUUAGCGGAGGCCGAAAUAAUCGUAAAAUAGCUAAUGUAAAAUAUACAAAAUUUACAACGUCA